GUACAUUAGCAGGGAGCUGGAUCUGAAGUGGAACAGCCAGGACUUCAACUGGCACUCUUAUGGGAUGCAGCAGUCACAGGAAGGUGGGAGUCAAUCAUUUUGACAAGUCUCCUGAAAAGAACAGCUAGCAAAAGCGCAAACCUUUUCCAUUUGGUCUCGUGGCAAAGGCAAAGAUCUCUCCAGCAGCUCCACACAAUAUGGCAUGCUCACUAAUGCCCUCUGAACAGUCUUCUGGGACCUCUUUCUUGCAUAAAGAUAAUGCCUCAUUUUCUUGGAGUUCCUUGGAUGAAGAAGAAUUAGAUGAUUCCUUGCUGGAGCUAUCGGAUGGAGAAGAAGAUGAUGGCCAUUUCAGCUACACAGAGGAGGAGAUCCAGGAGCUUUUGAAAGAUGAUGACCCAUCAGAUGUGUGUGGAGAAGGGUUGUAUAAAGAUGAUGGUGGACAUGUUGAGAACGGAGGGAAAGGGAAUCAGAUUCUACCUGAUACUCCACAAGAGAAAAAUUCAAAUUCAUUGUGCAGCUUGGGACCAGUAACUGAGACCCCUGGCCUCUUUAAACUACCUCAACUAAAUACAUCAGUUGGUCAUGGGCCAACUCCUGCUAAACCUUUAAACAGACGUUUUGCACUAGAAAAGAAUCUCAUAAAAGUAACUAUUGUUGCACCAUUUAAUCCAGCUGCGUGUGAUACUGUGCGUGAAAAGAAAAAAGUUAAUUCAUCCAAAGAGACCGAAAAGCCCUCCCCCACUGGGGAAGAAAUGAGAAAUGGUCUUACCCCAAAUGAGGGUGAAGCUUGCACUGAAUCUGAAGGGAUCAGCCCCAGUAAUUCUUCCUGGGAACAGCCUCAGCUGUCUUCCAACAGUAACGUUCAACUAACUGUCUCUGGUAAAAAUCUGCCUGAUUGUAAGAAACCCACACCUGUAUUCUCUCAGCUCUCAGACCACCCAGAGACUCCUAACGCGGAGUCACCCUGGAGAAAUGGCGGAUCACAUAGAUCAAGUUGUGAAGUGAAGUUUUCAGUUUCCAGUUCACCAAACAAAGAUGUUUUUGACAAGGAUUCUGGGAAGAUGAAAGUCCAUGAGAAAAGACUAGGCAAAGUCAUUCCUGUUCUACAAACCAAAACCAGGACUAAUGUUUCGACGUUUUCACAAUCAGAUCUAGAACAGCAGAAGCAGAUUUAUCUCAGGAGGGUCAUUGCUCAUAUACAAGAUCCAGUGGACUCUAACCAAGGAACUCCUAAUAGAUACUGAACCUUCAAGGAUUGAUGUUCUGAGUCUCUUUCCAUCUUUGUUCUGCCUAUUCACUCUGGGAUGUUUUCUCAACUAUAUCUUUUUAUCCUUUUAUUGACUUCUUUAUUUCCCUAUUUAUGUUUAUACUUUCCAAAAGUUCUUUGUUGUUUUAUUCCGUUUUCAUAGCAUUUUAUGGAUGAAUUUAUCAUUUUCUGACGAUAUCUCUUCUUUUUGAAUUAUAAUUGAAGUACAGCGUACAUUUUCAUGUGCUUGUUUGUCAUCUCUAUAUAUGUUUUUAAAGUUUUAUUUAUCUGAAAGAGUAACAGAGGGAGAGGUUUUGCAUUCGUUGGUUGACUCCUCAAAUGCCUACAAAAACCACAACUGGUCCAGGCCAAAGCCAAGCCUGGAACUCUAUCUAGCUCUCCCAUGUGGGUGGCAGGAACCCAAGUACUUGGGCCAUCAUUUUCUGUAUCCCAGGAUCAUUUGUAGGAAGCUGGAUUGAAAGUGGAGAUGAGACUUGAUCUGAUACGGGAUGAAGGCAUACCAAGUGGUGACUUAACCCACUGUGUCACAACACCUGAGCUCUUUUGUUGUUAUUAGCACCAGCUUUAGCUUGUCAAUUCAAGUAUACCUGCUGGGUAUUUAAUUGGAAUUGUUGCCGGCGCCGCGGCUCACUAGGCUAAUCCUCUGCCUUGCGGCACCGGCACACCGGGUUCUAGUCCCGGUCGGGGCGCCGGAUUCUGUCCCGGUUGCCCCUCUUCCAGGCCAGCUCUCUGCUGUGGCCAGGGAGUGCAGUGGAGGAUGGCCCAGGUGCUUGGGCCCUGCACCCCAUGGGAGACCAGGAAAAGCACCUGGCUCCUGGCUCCUGCCAUCGGAUCAGCGCGGUGCGCCGGCCACAGCGCGCCGGCCACGGCGGCCAUUGGAGGGUGAACCAACGGCAAAGGAAGACCUUUCUCUCUGUCUCUCUCUCUCUCACUGUCCACUCUGCCUGUCAAAAAAAAAAAAAAAAAAAAAUGGAAUUGUUAUAGCUUAUAUUUUAAAGAUCUUAUACAUGUUCUCUUAAAUUCAUUAAUUAAGUACAAGGGUACCUUAACAUAAAGUUCAUGGAAAAUGGAAUUUAAAGAUACAUUUGGAUGCUGGUGUUGUGGUACAAUGUGUAAAGCUGCUGCUUGCAAUACCAGCAUCCCAUGUUGGAAUCCCAGCUACUCUGUGUCUAAUCCAACUCCUUGCUGAUGUCCUGGGAAGGUAGCCGAUGAUGGCCCAAGUACUAGAGCCCCUGUCAUUCUUGUGGGAUAUAUCAGGAUAGAGUUCCUGGCUCCUGGCUUUGUCCUGGCCCACUCCUGGCUAUUACGGACAUUUGUAGAGUGAACUAGGGGAUGAAAGAUCUGUCUCUUGCUUUUUCUUUCAAAUAAAUACAUCGUCAGGUCUGGUGUUGUGCCCACAGUGCCGGCAUCACAUGUGGGUGCUGGUUCAAGUCCUAGCUGCUCCACUUCUGAUCCAGCUCUCUGCUGGUGCACCUCUGAGGGCAGUGGAGGACAGCCUGGGUGCUUGGGCCCCUGCACCCAUGUGAGAGACUGAAGAAACGCCUGGCCUCAGCCUGGCCCAGCCCCAGAUGGUUGCAGCCAGCUAGGGAGUGAGCCAGUGGAUGGAAUACCUCUCUCCAUCCCUCCUUUUCUCUCUUUCUCUAGCUCUAACUUUCAAAUAAAUAAGUCUUAUUUUAAAAUUAAAUACUUCAUCAAACUUUUUUUAAAUAAUAAAUUUGUUUAGGUUCAAAAAUUUUGAAAUCCCCGCAUAAUUUUUUCAUAAUACACAUUUUAUUAUGAGCUUUUUAAAUACCCCUCAUAUGUAUGGAUUUCAAAGUUUUUUGUGCUAAGAUAAACUGAAUUCCAUUUUUACACAAACAUUUGGAAAUAACCCUCAUUUUAUGUUAUUGUAAAUGGUAGACUUUUAUGUUUUAAUUUCCAGUCGGCAUAUAGAAAACAAGUGAUUUUAUAUUUUGAUAUUGUAUCGUACAAACCAUGCUAAAUUUUGCUAACAUUUUAAUGGAUUCCUUAGAACUUGUUGUGUUACAUGGUAAUAUUAUCUGCAAAUAAAGACAACAUUUCUUUCCAACUUAUGAGCAUUUCCUUUCUUCCCAUGUUGCACUGACUGGAACUUUUAGUAUGUUAGUAGCUGUAUAUUUAUCAUAGAUGUCCUUUAUCAGUUUGAGAAAGUUCUCAUAUUCAAAGUUUUGGUGAGAGUUUUUCUCAUGAAUGAGUGGUGAAUCUUACCAAAUGGUUUUUCUGCAUUUAUUUAGAAUAUCAUAUAGUGUUUUUCCUUUGUACUUGGUUGCAUUCUAUUUUUAAAUUUUUACUUGUUAGUCCAACUUCUAUUUCUAGGAUAAAUUCAUUUGGUCUUGGUGAAUUAUUCCUUAAUAAUUUGUAAUACUUUUUUUUUAGGAUUUUUAUUUAUUUAUUUGAAAGAGUUCCAGAGAGGCAGAGAGAGAGAGAGAGGGAGGGAGGGAGAGGGAGAGGGAGAGAGGGAGAGAGAGGUCGUCCAUCUGCUGGUUCACUCCCAAAAUGGCUGCAAUGGCCGGAACUAAACCCAUCCAAAGCCAGGAGCCAGGAGCCUCUUUCAGGUUUCCCACGAGGGUGGAGGAACCCAAAGACUUGGGCCAUCUUCUGCUGCUUUCCCAGGCACAUUAGUAGGGAGCUGGAUUGGAAGUAGAGCAACCAGGACUCGAACUGAUGCCCAUAUGGGAUGCCAGCACUGCAACCCACUGUGCCAUAGCACUGGCCCUUACUCUUUAAUUUUUAAUGUUGGUCAUUGUGCCUUUGUUUUCUUGAACAUUAUAUCUAAAAAUUUAUCAAUUUUAGUGACCCCCUCACUCCCCCCAAGUAAGUUUUUAGUCAUAUUUUUAUAUUAGUUGUGGCCAUCAUGUUUUCUGUUUCAUUGAUAUUUUUCACUUUGUUUUUUCUUUUCUUUCACUUUUUUUUGAGUUUAAUUUGCUUUUGUUUUCUAGAUUUUUUUAAAAAAAGGAUGUAUUAUUUAUUUAUUUGAAAAUCAGAGCAAAACAGAGAUCUUCAUUUACUGGUUCACUUCCCAGAUGUCUGCAAUGGCUAGGUCUGGGCCAGGCCAAACCCAGGAGCCAGGAACCCCUUCCUGGUCUCCAUAUGUGGUGGAGGCACAAGUACUUGGGCCAUCUUCCAUUGCCUUCCCAGACACAUUAGCAGGGAACUGGGUUAGAAGCAGAGCAGCUGGGACUCUAACUAGUGGCCAUAUGUGAUGCUGGUGGUGCAAGCUUUGGCUUAAUCCACUAUACCACAGUGCUGGGCCCUAGCUUUCUUUUGUUUUGACUUAUGUUUGCAUUUUUUUCUUUCUUUGACUUUUCUUUCUUUUUUAAAGAUUUUUAUUUAUGUUUGAAGGGCAGAGAGAGGGAGAGGCAGAGAGAGAGAGGUCUUCCAUCCGCUGGUUCAUUCCCCAAAUGGCUGCCAGUGGCUGUAGCUGAGCCGAUCUGAAGUCAGGAGCCAGGAGAUUCUUUUGGGUCUCCCACGUGGGUGCAGGGGCCCAAGGACUUGCACCAUCUUCUGCUUUCCCAGGCCAUAGCAGAGAGCUGGAUCGGAAAUGGAGCAGCCGGGACUCGAACCUGAGCCCAUAUGGGAUUCCAGCACUGCAGGCGGAGUCUUAGACCACUGUGCCUCAGUCCCGCAUCUCUUCUUUUGACUUUUAUUUUUAAAAGAUUUAAUUAUUUAUUUGAAAGUCAGAGUUACACAGAGAGAGAAGGGGAGGCAGAGAGGUCUUCCAUUCACUGGUUCACUCCCCAAUUGGCCACAAUGACCAGAGCUGUGCUGAUCCAAAGCCAGGAGCAAGGAGCUUCCUCCGGGUCUCCCACAUGGGUGCAGGGACCCAAGCAUUUGGGCCAUCUUCUGCUGCUUACCCAGGCCAUAGCAAAGAGCUGGAUUGGAAGUGGAACAGCCGGGAUUCGAACCGGCACCUAUGUGGGAUGCCAGCACUGCAGGUAGUGGCUUUACUUGGUAAGCCACAGCGCCGGCUCCUUCCUUUGACUUUUGACUUACCUUUGUCUAUGUGCUUGACGCAAUGUCUGUAGACAGCUUAUAGUUGAAUCUUGCUUUUGUCCCCCCAGCCUCACAAUCAGUUUCACAUUUGGUUGUAUUAAAUCUACCAUCUUGAUGCUUAUUUCAAUUUGUAUAACAAGCUCAUUGCCUAUUAACAUAAGUAACAUAUUAUAAGUAACUCUGCUUUUAUAUUAGUAUAUUUAUUACACAUAGCUAUCUACCUAAACAAAGCACAUUUAUGAAAAGGUGACACUCUUUAAUAUAUGGCUUUAUUGGAGACUACUGGAUUCUCUUUUUGUGAUUGUGAAUUUGAUAAUCUGUCACCUAGCCUCUAGAAAGCUCUACCAUGCACCUGUGAGAGAAUAUAAAUGAAAAAGCCAAAUAACGGGGCCGGUGCAUGGCGUAGCAGGUAAAGCUGCCUCCUGCAGUGCUGGCAUCCCAUAUGGGCACUGGUUCGAGUCUCGGCUGCUCUGCUUCUGAUCCAGCUCUCUAUGCUGUGGCCUGGGAAAGCAGUGGAAGAUGGCCCAAGUCCUUGGACCCCUGCCUCCGCGUGGGAGACCCAAAAUAAGCUCCUGGCUCCUGGCUUCAGAUUGGUGCAGCUUCAGCUGUUGUGGCCAAUUGGAGAGUGAACCAGAGGAUGGAAGACUUUCUCUCUCUGCCUCUCCUCUCUCUGUGUAACUCUGAUUUUCAAAUAAAGAAAUCUUUAAAAAAGCCAAAUAACAUGUUAGUGUUAUGAAAAUAAUUUUGACCUAGUAAAGCCUCAAAAGGGUCUUGAAAAUCCCAGGGAUCCUUGAACACACUUUGAGAGCUAUUGCUCUGUAGUUUACAAGUAAUGUAUCAUUUAUAUUUAUCCUGGCAGCACACAUUUCCAGGGGCCUAUGUUGUGGUGUGGUGGGUUAAGUCGCCACUUGGGAUGCCAGCGUCUCCUAUUGGAAUGCAGGUUUGGGUCCCAACUACUCUGCUUCUAAACCUGGGAAGGCAGCAAGGCAGCAGAAGGUGGACCAAGAACUUGGGCCUCUGCCACCCAUGUGGGAGGUGAGGAAGGGAUUCCUGGCUCCUGGAUUUGGCCUGGCCUACACCUGGUUGUUAUAACCAUUCGAGGAGUGAAGAUCUUUGUUUCGCUGUCUUUGUCACUCUACCUUUCAAAUAAAUAAAAAUUUAAAAAAUUA